UUAUUAAUUUUAUUGUAUAGUAUUUUAAAUAUGCCGCCCUUAAGACUUGUUAGCGAAGUAAAAGGUGACUGGGGAACAGGUUCUGCAUAUGAAGUUGAAGCCAGUGAACAAAAAAUGGUGACAAGUUUACCAACACGAGCUAGCGGACGAGUACCACUUGUGGUACAUACUUCUCUAGAGAAACUGGAUGAACAAGAGGUUCUAAAAGAUGAAACUUUAAUAAGUUUGCCCUUUCUGCAUUCUGCGCUAUUUGCUACGGUUUUAGAAGAUGCAAUUAUUGAAAUGCGCAUAUUAGUUGAAUGCAAUAAUGAAUUGCGUGUAAUCAAGACAAUGACUGAUAUGGGCGUACAUCUGGCGCUAAAAUAUGGAGUGUCACAGCCAGAUGUAAAAGAUGAAUUAGAUGAAAUUGAUGCUAAUAAACUGGAUUGCAACGAAUACAAGUUAAAUAAACUUGAUAAUGAUAGAAUUUGGCCUAUGGUAGCACUAACAAAUACCUACAUACGUCUAGUAAGAGAUAAAACUUUUGAAGCACUAGAAGAAUCUGUAAGCAAAAUUGAAAAUUUGGAUAAAUAUCGCGGUGAGCUCUUUGAAGCAGACUCGAAGAACAGAUUAAUGCGACGGGACCUAAAUAAACAAUUGAGGCAGCAGCGUAACCAUAUAAAAUCUGUCAUAUAUGAUACCAAUACCAAAAUUGAUGAGCUGAGAUCUAAAGUUGAAGAUGCUAGUUUUAAUACAGAAAUUCGUAGCCGGUACGUUGAUAAUUGGCAACUUGCACGCACUGAACAACAUAUAAGGAAAAUUCAUGACACAGAAGCAACACCUACGAACACGAUAGAAUAUUAUAAACAGAGAGCCUAUUGUGAACAAAGAGUUCAUACUGAAGUAGAGCUUUUAUUCAAUAUAAUCAUAAAUGAAACUCUUGAUAAGAUAGAGCAUUGGAUGAAUAAAUACGACAAAGAUAUGGAAGAAUUAGAUUUAAAAAUACAAAUAAAGAAAAAUGACUAUCAAAAUAUGCUAGACAAACGAAUCAACUUUGAAGAAACGAUAGAGAAACAUGAUAUUGCAAUGAAGGAAUGGGUUUAUUUCAAAGAAGAACGAGAAAAGGCUCGUCUGUUUGUAAAGAAGAUGACGAACUCAGCGAUAACUAUCCAAGCUUGGUGGAGAGGCCUGUUAGUACGCAAACAACUUGGCCCGUAUAAAAUUUCUAAAAAGAAAGGAGAAGAUAAGAAGAAGAAGAAAUAG